AUGAUUCUCAAGAUAGUUCGAUGGUGUAUUUUGACUCUCACUUUCAUCCUUGCGAUCGUGGUGCUCGGCAUAAGUGGCCACCUCAUCGCCAUCCGACCUACACACUACUGGCGGUUUGCUGCGCUUGCAAUCGCAGUCUCUUCCUUGACGAUUCUUACAUUCCCUGUUAUUCUGAUAGUUAAUACUUUGCUGGUUCGUGAUGAAAAUAUUUCAUCAGAACGGAUCAUAGGCGAGGCUGGCUGGCUGGCUAUCAUGUGGAUUCUGUGGCUCGCAACUGGAGCCAAUGCCACUCAUGCGGCUCGAGCACACUUCUUUUCUGGUGGUUGUAGUUUCUUCUCUGGCUAUUCCAAUAAGAUCUGCAAUGAGUUCAGGGUCGUGGAGGCUUUCUCCUACAUCAUCUUCAUCAUUCUGCUCAGCUACACGAUCGGGCUAAUGGUGUUUGAGUUCACUCGCGACGAUCGGGAUGGUCACACCCAAGCAGGAGGUGUUGAAGGCGGCCGUGGGAGUCAAACCGCACAGGUAACAAAAGCUCCUGCGACCUCAGGUUAG